UUAUUGUCUCGGGAUUUUCUUGAAGGGAAUUUGUACCUCUAUUUCCCCUUUUCCCCCCGUAAUGACCUCCCUCAUAAGACAGAUAGGUUCUCUCGCCGUGCGAACCUUCAAGCGAGACCCACAGAUAUCCGCCAGUAAUUUCAUGAGCCAGUAUGAACAGCUAUAUAACAUUCUGAACACUAUAAAAGCCGAGGAUAUCAACCUGGACCUGAGUCUCUUGCAAGACCGAGGAACCUUCAACCCGAGCAGGGAUGGUGCACCUGUUACAUACAUGCAGCUUUAUGAAGACAGCGAUGUUACCAUAUGUGUCUUCAUCCUCAAAACGGGGGUUCGAUUACCCAUGCAUGAUCACCCUGGAAUGCAUGGUCUCCUAAAGGUCUUGCACGGGUCAGUGGCUGUACAGAGUUACAGUUUCAUUGCCAACAUGUGCAUGGAUGGCGUACCAGUAAACCAGUCCCUCUCUGGUAUUUUUCCAGCAAAGAAGCAUGAGGCAGUCACUGUCUCUGCCAGUGAUCCUGCUUGCCGCCUCUUUCCCGAAAAACAAAAUGUGCACGAAAUAUAUUCCCUGGAUGGUCCUGCUGCCUUUCUUGAUAUUUUGUCCCCACCCUAUGGAACAGAUGAACGUCUAGGCAUUGAGAGAGAUUGCCACUAUUACCAAGAAUUAGAUGGGAGUUUUGCACCUCCGCAAGUACCUGAAGGCAGACUUGUGUGGCUUGUAAAUGUUCCAUCCCCAACAGACUUCUGGUGUGAUCAGGCUGAGUAUAGCGGACCUCCAAUUGAAGAGGAUAGUGAUGAAAAUGGAUCCUAAGCUUUCUGUGAGCAAUGAAUUCUGUAUCAGAGAUUCAUAUCAUAUAUAUUUUUUUUUACACAUUUGACCAAAAUUCUAUGCAAGUUUACAUAAGUCAGUUGUGCUUUUUUGUGAUAGAAUCUUUUCUGUUCAUUUCCAGAUGUUUGAAAGGGAUAAGGAAAUAAUGUGUGUAGACAUUCUUCCAUCGUAAGAGUGAUGUAUAAAAAGUUAAGUGGGCUGUGUCUCAGAAGACUUCUGCAAUUCCCGAGAACUCACUUCAUAAGACUGUUUAGUAGUCUCAUAAUCUCAGGAAGUGCAUGUGAAUGUCAGAAAAAAAAGCAGCCAUGCAGUUUUUUGAGCACAUAAAAGAGGUACUCAUAUGUGAUACUAGUACCAGCUCUGGGUAUCUGGACAUUGGGCCCAGUUCUCCAUAAUAAGUGAAGAAGAGCAUUUAUCCUUUGGAAAAAGAACCCUAUACAAAUUCCUUUUCACUGAUAUUAUGGGAUGUUGAUUUUUUUGUUUUGUUUUAUUUUGUUUUCAGUCACAGAGAUAACAGCCCACUUCAGUCUUCGUGAUCAUGUCACACUAGUCAACUUAUUUGUUCCCUUGUGGUAGAUAUGGAAGACAUUUCUUGGAAUUCUUUCCUAAGAAAAAAAACUUUAGUCAAAGUUAUCCUUUUUUUUUUUCUUUUUCUUUUUUUUUUUUCUUUUUUGCUUAUAGCACAGAAACAUUUUUUAAAAAGGAAUCUUUUCUUAGAAGUUUCCUUCUUUUCUC